CAGGACGCCAAGUAACGAUCGAUUCGCCCAUACAACGCUAGCGCUAGCAGGGAAGCUGCUAUAGCUACAACAGCCGGACCAGGGCCGCGCAUUCACGUUCCUUUUCACUCUGCCGUUCGGGCGACCAAUAUUUACAUCGCAACGGAAGGUUUAACCGUAAUUCAAUCUUAAAAAAUACAGAAACAUGGGUCCAAAUACGAUAGAAAUAAAAGGAUUUGAAAUUGUUAAACAAGGCGCUGAAGCCCGACUAUUUAAAGGAACGUAUCUUGGCCGACCAGCCCUAAUUAAAGAAAGAUUUGUUAAAAAAUACAGACAUCCUGAUCUAGACACGCUCCUGACCAAAGAUAGAACCAAGGGCGAAGCACGCGCGAUUGUUCGUGCCAAGGCAGCCGGUGUAAAAACACCAGCAUUAUUCUUAGUCGAUUUUGAUCGGCGUCGUAUAUAUAUGGAGUAUAUCAAUGACGCAAUCACGUUAAAAGAUUACAUAGACACUAAUAUCUCUGACAAAGAAAAUGUGGGUUGUUUGAUAACUUACGUUGCGGAGCAAGUUGGAUCUGCUGUUGCCAGAUUACAUUCAAAAAACAUAAUUCACGGGGACCUCACGACCUCAAAUAUGCUUCUGAAAAAUUAUCCCGUGUCGCAAAGAGAACGUACGGGUGAAAAAGACAAGAAAAAUAAUGUCGAAGGAGAGAUUAUCCUGAUAGAUUUCGGACUAGCUCAUGUCGAAUCUACAGCCGAAGACAAAGCCGUGGAUCUGUACGUGCUGGAGAGAGCCUUGCUUAGCGCGCAUUCAGAGGUGCCAAGUUUGUUUCCUGAAAUGUUGCAAUUUUACCAAAAAUUCUGCACGUCAAAGGACAAACGCGACGUUAUUGCAAAAUACAAGGAAGUUCAGGCACGCGGUCGAAAGCGUCUUAUGAUUGGAUGAUCGAGAUUUAACAAACAGAGGGACUUUCAUGCUCUCAUUUGUGAAAUGUCAUUCGAAAUUAUUUUUUACAAGUUCUCUAAGAAGAAUAAAAUCUAUCAUCCACGUGAAUAUGGGUGUUUUCUAGACAAUUCAAGAGCCAACAGCAAGAACUCCACAUUCUUCGUUCAAACUUACAAUUAGGUCUGGCAAUGACUGCUUCAUUAAAUGAAGACAUUUAAAGUGUGAGAAAUGAGUUUAUAAAUGGAAUUUACAUUGCAAGGUAGCGUUAUAAUACAAGAUCACAUUCGAUGCGUCCGGUAUCUUGUGAAUACUCAACUAUCAUGAAUAAUAGUUCUUAUGGCUGCUCUCGUCAACGAUGCAGUAUAUAAUAAAUAGGAAUUAAUUAAUGUGUUUUAAAUUUAACGAAUUUCAUUAUACAGAGCUUAUCAAUUAUGCUAGAUAUACUAGAUGUCUCACUGUUGAUUGGCAGGUUAUUGAGCAGCUAUUUCUCUCCUGAAUUGGAAUCAGUCAAAGUGAAGACCGGAAUAUAUGAUUAUCCAAGUUACC